AUGGCCGGGCCCUCGACACGUUUGAGGGUCAUCAAAUUGUACAAGGAGCUUCAUCGACUCGGAAGAGAGUAUCCUGACGAAAACUACGAUUUUAAUGGCAAGCUCAGGAGAAUGUUCGAGAAGAACAGAAAUUUGACCGAUCCAGAAGAAAUAGAGAAAGCUUUGAAGCUUGGUGAAUACAUCAAGAAUGAAACGCUUGCUCUCUACUCGCUGCGCAAGUACCGCCAUCUGAAGCGAAACUAUGUUAUUGCUCCCUCGUGA